AUGUCUCUAGUAUGCAGUUCCUGCGCAAAUGAGAUCGGUGACAUUCAAGUUGAGUGCCAAGGCUUCUGUAAAGCCAUUUUUCAUCCCCGUUGUUGUGGUAUUGCUGCUGAUGCGUUUGAGGAAGUUAUGAAAAACAAGCAAAUUUUCUGGAUGUGCUAUUCGUGUACUAAACUGAUGGAUGACUUACGCUUCCGAAAUACGACACGGGCGGCUUAUGAGGUCGGACAAGUGCAUGCGCUGAAUUCUCAUAGCGAUAUUAUGCAAAACCUGAAGUUGGAGAUUAUGGAUGAACUGAAAACCGAGAUAAAGACGAACUUUGCCAAGCUGAUAAACUCUAGCUCAUUCACUCCGAAGUCUUUUAAGCCCACCGACAUCCAUCCUAGGUUUACCAAGGGCAGGAGACUGUUUAGAACGAUCGAUAACGCUGAACCUACUCCGAAGCCCUCGCUACAAGUUGGAACUGGAAGCACUCCGUCUCCGUCAAUGGGGAUAGCUACUGUUCCGCCUAAUCAACCGAAGUUUUGGCUGUAUUUAUCCCGUAUCGCGAGAGAUGUGUCCACAGACCAAGUUCGCGCUCUCGCCAUGAAACGCCUUGCGUCAGAUGACAUUCAAGUAAUUCGACUGGUUGCUAAAGGAAGGGAUAUAAAUACUUUGUCGUUUGUCUCGUUCAAAGUCGGUAUGAACCUGGACCUGAAGUCCAAGGCUCUAUCGACUUCUACGUGGCCGAGAGGAGUAGUUUAUCGGAGUUCACCGACAACAGAUCCGGAGCAAAUUUUUGGCGACCAGGACCUGCUGCAGUAUUCGACGAUCCAUUGA